AUACAAAACCUAAAAUCCCCAAACCACUAUUCAGUCGUCUUCCUCAACUUGAAUUCUUGAUUCCUUCCUUAAACCUAUAUUCCGAUGGCCGGAAAAGGUACCGGAGUGAAGUCAGCAUACGUCGCCGUUUGGGUCCUCCUCUCUUUCCUCGUGCUCUGCCAGCGUUACUUCUACGACGCCUCCGCUCCCGUCUUCGGCGUCGCUCCGUCGCGAAGGGCGGGGUUCAGGGCCAGUAAUAUCAUCAAAGAAUACGUGGCCGGAGAUCCUCCUCGCGCGGGCCCGCUCGUGAUCCCUUCUUCUGCCGCCGCCGCGCCUCGCUUCCCGGCGGUCUCUGUUUUGGUGCCGGAGUGGCAGGUCUUUGUGAUGGCGGAAUCUUCUCCUCUGGCUGUGGAGGUGGACGAUCCUUACGUGUGUCUAUUCGAGAACGGAGCCACGUCGCCGGCCGUUUUCACCGGUGUUUUGCCGUCGUCUAGUCGGGCUCUGCUGGUGUGCGAUUUGCCCGAACGUUUUCGCCGGUGGAAGAAGAUUAAGCAGCCAGUUUUGACCCGGUCGUCGUCCCUGGUCAAUUUAACGUCAGAUGCCACUGAUUCGCAGCCGCCGCUUCUCCGGUGGAACUACCUCGUCUACGACUCUCUCACGACGGAGGCCGACGUCGUUUUGUUCGUCAAGGGCGUCAACAACCGGCAAGGGACCAACCGGGACCCGUCUGAGUUCCGGUGCAUGUUUUUCACCGCCCAAGAUCCGACAGCCGCCGUCAGAACAGAGGUCACCAGCGCCGUACAAGAAGUCUUCCGCUGCAAGCGCCCCGAAUCCCUUGCCGCCGGAGAAAAACAGAGCAUCAUCGUCUCCCUGGAAAUCCUCAGACCCACUCCAGCAAUCGUCCCCUCGGUGGCCUUCUACAGCCCUCCGCGCCACCUCGCCGCCCCCGGCGGCCGGAAACACACCGUCUGCGCCUCCACCAUGGUUUUCAACGUCGCAAAGAAUCUGAAAGAGUGGGUUCUCUACCAUUCAAGAAUCGGAGUCGAAAAAUUCGUUCUUUACGACAACAACAGCGAGGAUGAACUCCAAGAAACCGUCGGAAACCUCGUACGACAAGGAUUCGACGUCACCACUUAUUUCUGGCCGUGGCCGAAAACCCAAGAGUCCGGCUUCUCCCACAGCGCCAUCUACGCCAACAGUUCGUGCUCCUGGAUGCUAUAUGCCGAUGUGGAUGAGUUCUUUUACUCCGACUCCUGGACCGACCAUGAAAUUUCUCAGCCCUUACAGUCUAUGUUUCCGGUAGAUGCUGACGUGGCGCAGCUGAGCUUCCCUUGUUUUGAGUUCGGACCGUCCGGGAAGAAGACGCACCCGCCGGAGGGGGUGACCCAAGGCUACAACUGUCGUCUCCGGCGGGAAAACCGGCACAAAUCCGCGGUGCUUCUGGACGCGGUCGACCGUUCCCUGCGCAACGUCAUCCACCACUUCAUCAUGAUGCCCGGGUACAGAACGGAGAGGCAGGGUAAUAUAGUCAUCAACCACUACAAGUACCAGGCCUGGCCUGAGUUCAGGGCAAAGUUCAGGCGGCGGGUCUCGGCUUACGUCAUGGACUGGACCAAGCGGGUGAACCCGAACUCAAAUGACCGGGCUCCCGGUCUUGGGUACCAGGCAGUCGAGCCCCCGGAUUGGCCCAAGAUGUUUUGCGAAGUUUACGACAAUGGGUUGAAAUCGUUGGCCCGGAGAUGGGUCGUCAUUGAGUCUCCCGACGGUUUCAGGCUGGCUUGGCAGAGUUGAUGUUCCUUCAUGUUCCCUGCAUCUGCUCUCAGUUGCCUCAGCUUCAUCUUGGGUUUUCUCUUGCCAAAGCCUAUCAAGAAUCAUCUUCUGCUUCAUUGAACACCAUACCAUCUUCAGGAAAGAAUGAGCUUAUUUGGAUGUAUCAGGGAGUCCCUUUUCCUCUUAAUGCAUUUCUCCCAAAUCUGCUUGUGUGAUGAUUGUGUGUUUUCAAAGCCCCCUUUCCCUUGAGCAUUUUUGCAUUGCUUAUUCAAAUUAUUCUUUGCAUAUUAGUUGAAGUUUACUUGGCAUUAAUCUCUGCACUUUAGGCAGUUUUUGUGUGUGUGUGUAUGAAUCAUGAUAGUUGCUUUUAUCUGCAAUAUUCAAAAAUGUCUGCAAGAUUUACAUCAGUUUGUUAAUUAUUUUUCUUGGCCCGAAAUUUCGAAAAUUUAGCUUGGGUUUUUAACAAAAAUAGGCCAAUUUUUAAAUUUUUAGAGUUUUGUUCAACUGUGCAAUCAUUCUAGCUGUCUAAUUUUUAAGUGUAAAAUCAAAUAGGGUGCUCCUUGGUUAAGAUUUUUUCUCCCUUGUUUAGUAAUGUAGCCAAUCCAUGGUCCAAAUAAAAAUUCAUUUGCUACUGUUCCUCUGCCUCUGUUAAGAACACAACCUUUUCCUUGAGAACCCAAAAAGAGACACCCUAGCUUAGUAAACAUUGGAACUACUU